AAGAGAUACGCUGAGGCUGUCUUUGUCGCCGGGCCGCCAUAGAAGCGACACGUGGCACUCUUCUACACCGUCUGAUUCGUGCCAAUGCGCCCUUACUGCUCAUCACACCACCAGCCAAUCUGCCCGCUUGUUCCUGUUGUACCUUGGCCGGUAAAAAUUCCGCAAAGUUACAGCAGGCUGCAGUAAACCCACGCUUCGACGAGUUGUACACUCCAAUUUCAUUUUCAUUUCUCCAAUUAUUCCAACUGCUGUAAUAAAUAAAAAGGUCAUCGUCACAUGAUCCAUGACUCGAAAAUACUGACAAUUCAUUUUGUUUCAAUUUCAAUUUCAAUUAUUCAGAUCUCAUUAUAUUGUUUUUGCUGUUUUCAUCCAUCUCACUGCAAUUCUCCUCGCUUUCUCUCUGAUUGGGAUUCAGCGAAAAGGUUGAAUAUGGGUGUGACAGAAAACAACAUUGACAUGGAGGAGGGAACUCUGGAGAUCGGAAUGGAAUAUAGAACAGUCUCUGGAGUGGCUGGACCUCUUGUUAUCUUAGACAAAGUCAAGGGACCCAAGUACCAGGAAAUUGUCAACAUUCGCUUGGGAGAUGGAACAACCCGUCGGGGGCAAGUUUUGGAGGUUGAUGGAGAGAAGGCUGUUGUCCAGGUUUUUGAAGGAACAUCUGGAAUUGACAACAAAUACACUACUGUCCAGUUUACUGGGGAGGUUUUGAAAACACCUGUCUCAUUGGACAUGCUCGGUCGUAUUUUUAAUGGUUCUGGAAAGCCCAUUGACAAUGGCCCUCCUAUUCUUCCAGAGGCCUACUUGGAUAUUUCAGGGAGUUCCAUCAAUCCUAGUGAGAGAACCUAUCCUGAAGAAAUGAUACAGACUGGAAUUUCAACUAUCGAUGUCAUGAACUCAAUUGCCCGAGGUCAGAAGAUUCCUCUAUUUUCUGCUGCUGGUCUUCCCCACAAUGAAAUAGCUGCCCAGAUUUGUCGCCAGGCAGGCUUGGUGAAACGUCUCGAGAAAACUGACAAUCUUCUCGAGGGUGGUGAAGAGGACAACUUUGCCAUUGUCUUUGCAGCUAUGGGAGUGAACAUGGAGACAGCGCAGUUUUUCAAACGUGAUUUUGAGGAGAAUGGAUCAAUGGAGCGGGUGACCCUUUUCCUGAAUUUGGCCAAUGACCCUACAAUAGAACGUAUUAUUACUCCUCGCAUUGCACUGACAACUGCAGAAUACUUAGCAUAUGAAUGUGGCAAGCAUGUUCUUGUCAUAUUGACAGAUAUGAGUUCCUAUGCUGAUGCUCUUCGUGAGGUGUCUGCUGCUCGAGAGGAAGUUCCUGGGAGGCGUGGGUACCCUGGUUAUAUGUACACUGAUCUGGCUACCAUCUAUGAGCGAGCUGGACGUAUUGAAGGACGAAAGGGAUCCAUUACUCAAAUUCCUAUAUUAACCAUGCCCAAUGACGAUAUUACACAUCCUACUCCAGAUCUUACGGGGUAUAUCACCGAGGGACAGAUAUAUAUUGACAGACAACUUUACAAUAGGCAGAUAUACCCUCCAAUCAACGUGCUGCCAUCCUUGUCUCGUCUAAUGAAGAGUGCCAUUGGUGAGGGAAUGACACGUCGGGAUCACUCUGAUGUAUCCAACCAGCUAUAUGCAAACUAUGCCAUUGGGAAGGAUGUCCAGGCAAUGAAAGCCGUGGUCGGAGAGGAAGCUCUUUCCUCCGAAGACCUGCUGUAUCUCGAGUUCCUUGAUAAAUUCGAGAAGAAGUUUGUGGCCCAAGGAGCUUAUGACACGCGCAACAUCUUCCAGUCGCUAGACUUGGCGUGGACCCUGCUCCGUAUCUUCCCCAGGGAACUUCUUCACCGUAUUCCAGCCAAGACACUCGACCAAUACUACAGCAGGGACGCGUCCAACUGAGAGGAAGAAGAGCAGAGUUUCGUGUUGGACUAGGGCGCUUCGAGGUGUGUUUCUGGAUGUCUUUUUUGUUAGGUUGUGAAUCUCCUCUUUUAUCUGGUUUGGAAAUAAGAUGGAAAUCUCCCACAAAAGGGCCAAAGGCAGUGACUCCGGAAGUAAAAGAUUUUUUGUAUUCUUUCAAGAGAUAUAAACUCAUCAUGUGCUGUAAUUCGUUUGUAUUAUUUGUGUUGCUCUAAGCUAGAUGAGUGCUGCAGCAUUUGGCCUCUUAAAUUAUAACUUAAUUUUCUUUCUCAACUUCUGGAGUUGUAUUUUGAUGGACAAUUUUGCUUCCUAUCCUAUUAUUCGGUUUAAAAAAUAAAUGGUUUUUAUCUCC